UCACAGGAAACACAACCUCAAACGGACCUAGCAGGGGCUUUCUGCUGAAGGACACUGCUUAGCAUUGAGAACAGUUCACCCCACUGCCUUACGGAUUACCAGCUGUCAGACGUCUCUGCAAUGCCGCCUCGGGAACCCCUCGCAGGAGACCAGCAUCUCAGCACGGGACCUUGUGCACAGCCGCACUCUUCAGGCUGAAUUCAAGAUCCCACUUAUUCGUGAGGCACCAAGAACUAUGAACAGACAGGGCAAGAGAAGGACAACAAAAGAAGCUUCCAGUCAUUUGAAAUUCCAGGACUUCGGUCUGCCAAAAAAUAGGUCAUGGCCUCGAAUCAACAGUGCCACCGGCCAGUACCUGAAUACUGAGGAGCCUCCUCCCUGUGAAAGAAAGUCUGCUGCAACGGGCCUGGAGGGAGCAAAAGACCUCAGAGAUGGCGACUAUGAAGACCCAGAACUUCGUACGGUAGAGGCAUGGCGAACGAUAAAAAUUUUACCAGCCAGGCCUAUAAAGGAAUCGGAAUAUGCAGAUACGCGCUAUUUCAAGGAUAUGAUGGACACUCCCUUUUCCUUGGACGCCCAGCCCUCCGUCCCCACGGAGGGCCAACACUGGCACACACGGAUGGGGCUGGAAGAAGUGAACAAACAAAUUUCCAAGGAUUCCAGAAGCCAGCAUGUUAAAGGAGACAGACCCACAAAGGAAAGCAAGACUCCUUUCCCACCUCCUCGGCCACCUGGCAUUCUUCCAAAGAAGUACCAGCCCCUGCCGCCCCAGCCGGAGAGCAGCUGGUCACCCCUCCCUCAGAGGCUCGCCUUUCCGGACGUCCAGAGAGAACCCAGACAGAUAAGCUUAAAGGACUUGCAUGAGGUCCUCGGAACAGAGAGAGUCCCUCAUUGCCAGAUGAAGCCUGAAUCGAUUCACCUGUCACAAAAUCAAAGUACUCAAGAGACUCCUCUUGCCAUCACCAGCUCACCACUCGUGAUGAAAAACCAAAGUGCACAAAACAGAGAUAAUAAACACAGCACCCAGUUCCAUCCUCCCCAGAGAUGUCAGUCUCCAGCCCGCUAUGGCCCUCAGGAAACUUUGCCGCACUAUAAAAACACAGGCUGGAGAAAACCUUUCCCCACAAGUUCUGAUGAAAAGGAUGUCCAGCAAAGCAACUGGUACGUUGGAGAGCACAGUCGCCAAGCAGUGGAAGAGGCAUUAAGGAGGGAGAACAAGGAUGGCACUUUCUUGGUCCGAGACUGUUCCACGAAAUCCAGGGCAGAACCCUACGUUUUGGUGGUGUUUUAUGGGAACAGAGUCUACAACGUGAAAAUCCGUUUCCUGGAGAAGAAUCAGCAGUUUGCCCUGGGGACAGGACUCAGGGGAGACGAGAAGUUUAAUUCGGUGGAAGACAUGAUCGAACACUACAAGUAUUUUCCCAUCGUACUAAUUGACGGGAAAGAUAGAACUGGGAUCCACAGGGUGCAAUGCUACCUAACACAGCCGCUCCCCUUCAGCAGAUGCUUCUCGCCGCGGUAGCCUGGGCUCUGUGUUCUCACCGGUUCAGGGGAUCCGAUGCCUCCACCCAUUUUCCAAUGAUUUCAAAAGAUGACGUUCUGUGGCUUCGAGGGAUCACUUCUUUGACCUCGGAGAAAAAGAAAAACCUUUUACCAUGGAAACUGGAAACUCAAUCUCGGUUUCGAAAGUUCAAGCCACAGAAGAAAUAUCUAUAAGAAGCAAAAAAAUAAAAACUGGCUUUUAAAAGCGUAUCAUCUAAAGAGAAAACUGUAAAUGUGGUCCUCGUGCCUAUGUUACAGAUGAGAAAUAAAGGUGACAAGAAGGUUUGCUGAAAUAUUUGCAAUUCGCACAGGACAGAUCUAUGUGAGACUCCCAAGUUUAUGCUCUUUAUAGGACCUGCCCCUGCCUUUAUUUCUGGAGUGGUAGGACUUGUGACUUUAGAUUUUUGAGAUUCCUCAGGCUAAAGAUAUCGGUGAACGUAAGCUCUAUUGUAUUUGUGACCCUGGAAAUUCAAGUGUCCGGACGACUGUAGUAGAAAAGGAGACUGCUUGUGAAUAUCACCUGGAGAAAAUCAGAAAUGCUCUUUCUGGAGGAAAGCAGAAAUGCUCUGGUGUGAAAUGGCCAUGGCCCAGACUCCAGGACUCUGUGUCGAGUGGCUUGGAGACAAAUGGAAUUUGCAGAUUCGUAGUCAGGGAGUAAGCUGAAGUCUGAGUGAAAGUUCAGAAAAAUUUCUUUUUAAUUCCCAUGGUGGACUUCCCUUCAAAGGAAGAGAACCGUCCUCAGAUAAGUGUGACCCUGAAGGAAGAUUGCACGCCUCCUGAUAUUGUCGCCUCCUAAGGCUAAGAGGAUCUUAUUUGAUUCCCAUUUUACAAUACAGAUGAGGAAAAGAGGCUCAGAAAGGUUACUGAUCUCACUCCGUGUAGGAAGAGAGCCCACGUUUUUAUCCAUUUCGCCUGGCUCCUUCCAAGCACACCUUCCCAGGUACAUUCCCUGUAGAAAUGAACCAUCAAGUUGAAAAGCUAAAUUAAGGAGAGAGAAACAAUCUGAAAAUACAGAUUUACCCACAUGAAAAUGUAUAAAUAACUAAACUCUUUAGUGAAGUAAGUUAAAAGAGAGAGCUCUGGGUGAAAUGAAUACACAUAAUGACUUCAAAUGUUUUCAAAGCCUGUACGUGAAAUUUAUGGAAUAUUUAUGCAGUGGUAGCUCUAACACAGAAGUCAAGUCAAAAAUAGAAUUAGAAGGGGAGAGAUAACAAUGGAAACAACACAAAACCAUGCUCCAGAUCAUCUCAUCUGAAAUAGCAGCCAAGGAGUGCCCUUAAAGGGGCCCCGACCAUCCACCUACCAACCGGACAAGAGAGUGCAGGCUCUCUGCUUCCCCAAGGUCAAUGGGAAGUAAUGCCUCUGAGUCAGGGCAGGAGCAUUUGAUGAAGAAGCUCCUUGUCAGUUAGGGCUCUUGAUACUCAACUGAGCCUACCUUCGAGUGCGCCCGCACAGGAUAGCACGUGAACCAAGAAGCAAGAGUGUCUAGCCCGGGGCUUGGCUACUUCAGGAGCAGACUGCUCAGAACUGAAGGCAGUAUGGUUGUUGCUAGUGCUCAGCUGGACCUCCAGGCCGGCGUGGAAACAGGCUGUGCAGAGGCCACAGCUCUUGUGCAGGAAGAAUCAGACCCUCCUUCUACAAAGCUACGGGGAGACGGUGGAGAACUCCGAUUUAUAGCUCAGAGCCUGGAGCCUGCUUCGGAUUCUGUGUCUCCCUCUCUCUCUGCCCCUCCCCUGCUCGUGCUCUGUCUCUCUCUCUGUCCCUCUCAAAAAUAGAUAAACAUUUAAAAAAAAGAAAAAGAAAUUAGCCAUCUUAAAAUAAAAAUCCCACAAUGCUUAUACAUAGGGAAAUCUCUGGAAAGAAAAAUACAAAAUAUUGGCAGGGUUGCUUUUUAGAUGAUUAGGGUUUGAUGUUAGUUGGGUCUUCUGGAACUCAGAUGCCAAGACAGGAGUUAGACGUGCAAACAUUUAUCGGAGGUAAUGCCUGAGAAAGAUAAAGGGGAGAAAGAACAGGACGAGGCAGGGAGAGCCUUCGGGCUGUGAUGUGGUCUGAUCUCUAUGAGAAGGGAGAGGGAAGGAGGGAGACAUGAGUAGGAAAGCCAUCCAACCGAAACGCAGCCCUGGCAGGUUGCUGGCCAGUCCACCGGUACGAUCCAGAGCUAGUGCCCAUAGUGGAGACAGUCCCAUGUGGGGCAGAAAUGGCUAGGUCCUAGUGCAACACCAUGUAAGUCAUUGCCAGAGGCUGCCCAGGAAAAACACAACCUUCAGCUACCAUGGGAGAUCCAGAAGGCGCUGCAGCAGGAGGCUCUUGGACAACUCACUGUUCAGCAAGUUCUUGUUUCAAGUGCGAGCCAAGUGGCUCGCCACCACGCCUGACACAGUGACUCUGGUUCUCGGCGUUAACGGUGAUAAGGACGUAUUGCUUGUCACAGAUUACUGAAUAGUAAGGAUAUAUAAUUUUAAUUGUAUUUUGUUCUUACAGCAGUUUUGUAAAGAAGGCAGGACAGGUAUUCUUAACCCAUCGUAUAAUUGAGGACACUGUAUCUCCUUGGCCCAAAUCUUACAGUGACAUAGUUAUGGCUGAAGCAACGUCUUCAUACACAGUGCUAUUCGGUGUCUAAGCUGACUAUUUGAUCUGUAUUCAAAGUUCAAUGAUUUGGGUGUGGCUGGCCCAAAUUCCCAAGGGGGUUCAUCUCCCUUCAACUAGUAUUUCAUUUGCAAUUGAAAAGUGUCACUUGAUUCCUAGGCUCAAUAGAGGAGGGAAAUCUUAGCUUCAUCUGAUUAUAGCAUCUAUGCAUUCAAGACAUUUCUUUGACUGAAUAAUUAUCAUUCUGGAUCAAUUUCUAUCUCGCUCAUCUUUAAUAAUACCUCGCUGUAAGCACUUGUUUCUAUAGUGCAUAUGCAUUCAUUGCUAAGCACUCUUGAGACCGUUGCGAUUCUAGUGGUGAAUUAAAGGGCAGAAACAGACGAGUAAGAACCCAAUAAAUCAGAUAAUCUACUUUACUGUAUUUCCAUUUUAAUACUUAUCACUGAGUGUUUGUCAGUGAGGCCAACGUUAGAUAUGUUGACGAAGCUUACUUGAGAUGGUUUUUAAAAGUUUUGAACCAGAAGAUUUUAAAUUUUUCCAAUGUUACUCAAUGGAAAAUUCCCCCACAUGGGCAUAUGCCUGUGGGAGAGGAUGUGGGGGUGUGGCUUGUGAGUGUGUUUGAGUAACUACAUCAGAGCUGAAAUCGGUUAAGUCUUCUGUGCUGAUGACACAGAAGAAUCACAUUUUACCCCAUGGGGAAGUUUAGCCCAUCGUCAUGUGUACACACAUAAACACAUUUUUAUAA